AUGGCUGCGGGGAAGUUACUGCUCUACGCCGGGCUCUCUCUUUCUCUUUGCGCCCUGGGCAUGCUGGCCGUGGCGAUGUGCUCCGAUCACUGGUACGAGACUGACGCCAGGAGGUACAAGGAGCGGUGCCGAAGCUUUUCCAACCGUCGCAAAGACCCGGGCUUCAUCUACAUCCCUAACAACAGCCUACCGCUGCGGGCCAGUCGGAGCAGCGUGCCCCGCUCGGAAGCGAAGCUGCUUUUGGCUCGUAACCGGCGGCAGCUGUUCGCCAUGAGCGCCGCAGAUGAAUGCAGUAGGCAGUAUAACUCAACCAACAUGGGGCUGUGGAGGAAAUGCCAUCGGCUGGCCUUCGACCACGAAAUCGAAGAUCGCAUCCGAAAAGGUUCCAUUGCUCGGUGCUCCUACAUCAAGUAUCACUAUUCCUCAGCUACAAUACCCAAAAACCUCUCCUACAACAUCACCAAGACAAUAAGGCAGGACGAGUGGCACGCCCUCCACUUGCGGCGAAUGACAGCUGGUUUCAUGGGAAUGGCUGUGGCCAUCAUCCUGUUUGGUUGGAUCAUAGGUUUGCUUGGCUGCUGCUGGGAUCGAGGCCUCAUGCAAUAUGUGGCCGGCCUCCUCUUCCUAAUGGGAGGAACCUUCUGCAUCAUCUCCCUCUGUACCUGCGUUGCCGGCAUCAACUUUGAGCUUUCCCGUUAUCCACGGUACCUGUAUAGCCUGCCUGAUGACAUCGGCCAUGGCUACGGCUGGUCCAUGUUCUGCGCCUGGGGAGGCCUUGGUCUAACCCUUAUCUCUGGCUUCUUCUGCACUUUGGCUCCCUCCGUCCAACCAAUACCCAGGUCUACCUGCCCCAAGUCCCGACAGGAGAACGGCACUGUCUGCUAAAGCUGGCUGUACCAAGACCAACUGAACCCACAGAUAGACAAGAAACAAACAGAGAAGCUGUUCCAUGUGCUCAUCUGUCUACUCAUCUCCACUCUAUCCUGGUUAUAGUUUAUUUUUGUGUGUGUGUGUGUUUGUGUGUGUGUUUGUAUGUGCGUGCGUGCAUGUGUGCGUGCGUGCGUGCGUGCGUGCGUGCGUGUAAAAUGGGUGUCUUAAUGAUAUCUUAAAAAUACAGGAAAAAACUGAAGAACUAAAGAAAUAUCAAAAGUUCAAAGUUGUGCUUAUUUUGUUUUUGUGGAGUAGAUGCAGAAAUGGAUCAUGACCAGGAAAGAUUUGAAAAGAAUUACCUGGAGACCAUGAAAGACUACCUUGUAAUGAGCGAGUGCUUGUAGAACGAGAACAUUCAGCCUGAGAACUGCUUCUGUUAACUGGUCUGCUGUGAUCGCGGAGAACUUAAUGGAUCCGCAGAAUUGGAGGAAAACAUCCAGAUUGUUAAGCUCAAGUAACGAUCCAGUGGAAGUUUCUCAUGGACUUGUGGGAUAUAUAUCACAAGAGAAUGGAUCAAACAUGAAACCAUGUGACUAGUGAGGGUGGGAACACAUUUAGUGUCCAACUGUUAAUUUUUCAGCUUCCGGGGUCCUUCCAGUUACUUGUAACAUGUGGGCAUUGAAGAGAUCUGGGACUUCCACUGAUGUACAUUAUUGUACAGAAUAUUCCAGAGAAAUGACAACCAGGCAUUGUCAUGUUGGACCAUUUUCAUCUUGUGUAGGUGCAGUACACUCCAUCUAAUGAUCCAAUAUGCCAUUUAGCAUUUCACACAUGCAUUCCUUUGACUGAAACUGUGUUCUCCUUUUUACUGAAUCCUUCAUGUUGUGAAUGAACUGCUGAGCAAAUGUUUCGUUUUUCAUUCUAGUCCUAGACCUAAAUGUGUGUGAGUGUAUAUGUGGAGAGGAGCUAUUUUCAAGUCUGUACAAAAAAAAAAAAAAAAAAACUUGAUCAACAUGAUAAAGCAGCACCCUGGCUCAAGUAUGUAUGAAAUGGGGAGCUGCAGGAUCCUGUUUAACUGUAAUGACAUCUGCAGAUAAAGAAGUCAUUUUGAAGAGGGGCAGCAUGUUCAGCUCUGCUGCACUGAACAGCUAUGGAAUGCUUAAGUAAUUACAUCCUUUUUUUCCUGGGAAUCGGCAAAGCCAACAGCUGAGAUGUGACAGGUCUUUCUGCAGGGCGUCCUCUAAACAGUACAAUGUCUAAGCACAAGGUUUCAUCUUAGUGAGAUGAAAGAUGUCUAGAUUGAUGAAGAGGUCUCUACAAGCUAGGCCUUAGCCACCAACCAUGAAUCACAAAUACCUGAAUAUCCCCACACAAUUAGAGAUGACAACCAUUCACCAAAACUGAAUAAAGCAGGGAGCUGUGGAGGCUGUAACAAAAGGCACUGAUGACAACAUCUAGUCUAUGAGAGCUCAGCCUUGAAAUAUAACAAUACCAUCCAUACCAGGCACAGGCACUGAGGGGCAGUGAGACCGCAUUCAGAUCAUCCUCCACUGCAUUUCUCUACUAAAAUGUUACAGUGUAUCCAGUCAAAAUGUAAAGCAAAACCUGAACUGGGAUCUGUUCAUAAAAAUUCAGGUUGAUUACAGCUUAGGUCAUGUUUUUGUAGCUUUGGGCAUCAACUGGCCAUUACUAAUAUUCAUCUUUUGACUGGGUUAUUAUUGUUCCUAGUUAUGUUUUUUGUGCAUGUGCUGUUUAAGAAACCUGGAUAAACAUUGUGACAGCAGGUUACUGUGAUACAUGGAUGUGGGGACCAGCAGCUGCUGUCAGAAACUGCUUAAAGUCUGAACUAACACAAAUGAACUUGUUUUUUUCUUUCACCUCUGUAUUCUAAAACUUACGCUCUCAUGCAACUAAACUGCAUUCCCAGAGACAUUUCAAGGGAAAUAUAUUUUUAUCCCAAACAAAAUACACUAUAUGAGAAAGAAUGACUGAGAAAUAUUUUAUUUUAUUGACAAAAGUAUUGGGCCACACUUCUUAAUCUUUGAAUUCAGGGGUUUUCAGUCCCAUUACAAAUGUAUAAAAUCCAGCAAGUAGCCAUUCAGCCUGUCAAACAUUAUAUGGGUCAUUAUAAAGAGCUCACUGAAUGUGAGUGUGGUGCUGUAAUAGGAUACCAGGGUUGUAACAGGACAGUUUGUGAAAUGUCUCUACUCCAAGAUAUUCCACAGUGGAAGCUUUUAGGAACUUUAGCAAUUCUGCCAUGGCAGAUGAUAUAAAGCCACAAAGUGGGGUCGCUGAGUGCUGAGGUUCAUAGUGCUUAUAACCAACAGUCUGCUAACUCAGUAACUGCAGAGGUCCAAACCUUCUCUGGCUUUAACAUCAGCAGAAAAGUUGUGUGGUGGAGCUGCAUGGCUCCGUGGGUUUCCACGGCUGUGCAGAUCCUGUAGGUGUUGUGUGUCCUGUAGGCUUUUGUCCAUAGAGUGUGUCUUACAAUUUGAAAGAGCCACAAAGGCCACAUCAUAAGGUAGUCCAUUCAGCAUUCGUCCAGGAAACAUAAAUAGCAAUAUAGCAUAGGUAACACAGUCUGUAACAGAAUAUGAAAAUAUAUCUGUAACUGAGAAUGCAGUUUACUUGUAUAGGAACCCCUGCUGUAGAACACACUGACAGGCAGCGCUGCUUCAUGCAGUGAAGAUGGCAAACUGUAGAUGUCACAAAGCAGCACGCUGUUUCUCAACUUUCUUGUUUUCAUUUAUUUUUAUUAUUUUUGUCAUGUAACUAAGCUGCUUCCAUCACUUUAUUGUGUACAAAUGAAUUCAACAUUAUGAAUGGUUUUCAGGAGUGUUAAUAAAAUAUGGGGAUGUUGUGUCUGAUAUUCCCCAUCCCCAUAUUUCUGAUUAUCAUGUUUUGGCACCCUUAUUGGUGGUUGUCCUUUAAUUCUGCCUUUGAGUUUGGACAUUUGCUGAGGUAUAAAAACCCUUUUGAUUUCCAAA